AAUAAUGAAGGUGGCUGCGGCGGGGCGGCAGACUCAGCUGCUCCGGGUGGGGGCGGCGCCGGGACCGCGCCUGUAGGACCUCGGGGCCGGCGCAGCGGGAUGGGGACCCGGCGCGGGGAGUGAGGCGGCGGCGGCGAGCGGCACGUCAGCAGGAGGGGCUCGCCGGCUUCCCCACCUCUGGCUCGUCCGUCUCCACCUGCAGCCCCGUGGCCCCCCGCGUCCCGAGGGACCCGGUCGGCGACGGCGGGGGCAUGUGGCGCUGGGUCCGGCAGCAGCUGGGUUUUGACCCACCACAUCAAAGUGACACAAGAACAAUUUACAUAGCCAACAGAUUUCCUCAGAAUGGCCUUUAUACACCUCAGAAAUUUAUAGAUAACCGGAUCAUUUCAUCUAAGUAUACUGUGUGGAAUUUUGUUCCCAAAAAUUUAUUUGAACAGUUCAGAAGAGUGGCAAACUUUUAUUUUCUUAUUAUAUUUUUGGUUCAGCUUAUGAUUGAUACACCUACCAGUCCUAUUACCAGUGGACUUCCAUUAUUCUUUGUGAUAACAGUAACUGCUAUAAAACAGGGAUAUGAAGAUUGGUUGCGGCAUAACUCAGAUAAUGAAGUAAAUGGAGCUCCUGUUUAUGUCGUUCGAAGUGGUGGCCUUGUGAAAACUAGAUCAAAAAAUAUUCGGGUGGGGGAUAUCGUUCGAGUAGCCAAAGAUGAGAUUUUUCCUGCAGACUUGGUGCUUCUGUCCUCAGAUAGACUUGAUGGUUCAUGUCACAUUACAACUGCCAGUUUGGAUGGAGAAACUAACCUCAAGACACAUGUGUCCGUUCCAGAAACAGCAGUGUUACAAACAGUUGCCAGUUUGGAUACUCUGGUAGCAGUGGUAGAAUGCCAGCAACCAGAAGCAGACCUAUACAGAUUCAUGGGACGAAUGAUAAUAACUCAACAAAUGGAAGAAAUUGUAAGACCUCUGGGGCCAGAGAGUCUCUUGCUUCGUGGAGCUAGAUUAAAAAACACAAAAGAAAUUUUUGGUGUUGCUGUAUACACUGGAAUGGAAACUAAAAUGGCAUUAAAUUACAAAAGCAAAUCACAGAAGCGAUCUGCAGUAGAAAAGUCAAUGAAUACAUUUUUGAUCAUUUAUCUAAUAAUCCUUAUUUCUGAAGCCAUCAUCAGUACUAUCUUGAAAUAUACAUGGCAAGCUGAAGAAAAAUGGGAUGAGCCUUGGUAUAACCAAAAAACAGAACAUCAGAGAAAUAGUAGUAAGAUUCUGAGAUUUAUUUCAGACUUCCUUGCUUUUUUGGUACUCUACAAUUUCAUCAUUCCAAUUUCAUUAUAUGUCACGGUUGAAAUGCAGAAAUUUCUUGGGUCAUUUUUUAUUGGUUGGGAUCUUGAUCUUUAUCAUGAAGAAUCAGAUCAGAAAGCUCAAGUCAAUACUUCUGAUCUCAAUGAAGAGCUUGGACAGGUGGAAUACGUGUUUACAGAUAAAACGGGUACACUGACAGAAAAUGAGAUGCAGUUUCGAGAAUGUUCAAUUAAUGGCAUGAAAUAUCAAGAAAUCAACGGUAGACUUGUACCCGAAGGACCAACGCCAGAUUCUCCAGAAGGAAAUUUAUCUUAUCUUAGCAGUUUGUCUCAUGUUAACAGUUUUUCCCAUCUUGGAACCAGUUCCUCUUUCCAAAGCAGUCCCGAAAAUGAUGCUGAACUGAUUAAAGAACAUGAUCUCUUCUUUAAAGCAGUCAGUCUCUGUCACACGGUGCAGAUCAGCAGUGUUCAAACCGACGGCAUUGGUGAUGGCCCCUGGCAGUCCAGCCUGGCCCCGUCCCAGGUGGAGUACUAUGCCUCUUCCCCAGACGAAAAGGCACUGGUGGAAGCUGCUGCACGAAUUGGUGUUGUAUUUGUUGGCAAUUCUGAAGAAACUAUGGAAGUUAAAACACUUGGAAAACUGGAAAGGUACAAACUGCUUCAUAUCCUGGAAUUUGAUUCAGAUCGUAGGAGAAUGAGUGUAAUUGUUCAGGCACCUUCAGGUGAAAGGCUUUUAUUUGCUAAGGGAGCUGAGUCAUCUAUUCUCCCCAAAUGUAUAGGAGGAGAAACAGAAAAAACGAGAAUUCAUGUAGAUGAAUUUGCGUUGAAAGGACUAAGAACUCUAUGUAUAGCCUAUAGAAAAUUUACACCAAAAGAAUAUGAGGUAAUAGACAGACGCCUGUUUGAAGCUAGGACUGCCCUGCAGCAGCGGGAAGAGAAGUUGGCAGAUGUCUUCCAGUUUAUAGAGAAAGACUUGAUAUUACUUGGAGCCACAGCAGUGGAAGACAGACUACAAGAUAAAGUUCGAGAAACUAUUGAAGCAUUGAGAAUGGCUGGCAUCAAAGUGUGGGUCCUCACUGGAGAUAAACAUGAAACAGCUGUUAGUGUGAGUUUAUCAUGUGGACAUUUUCAUAGAACCAUGAACAUCCUUGAGCUUACAAACCAGAAGUCAGACAGUGAAUGUGCUGAACAGUUACGGCAGCUUGCCAGAAGAAUUACAGAGGAUCAUGUAAUUCAGCACGGGCUGGUAGUGGAUGGAACCAGCCUGUCUCUUGCACUCAGGGAGCAUGAAAAGCUAUUCAUGGAAGUUUGCAGAAAUUGUUCAGCUGUGUUAUGCUGUCGUAUGGCACCACUGCAGAAAGCAAAAGUAAUAAGACUGAUAAAAAUCUCCCCUGAGAAACCUAUUACCCUGGCUGUUGGGGAUGGUGCUAAUGAUGUCAGUAUGAUACAAGAGGCACAUGUUGGAAUAGGAAUCAUGGGUAAAGAAGGACGACAAGCUGCAAGGAAUAGUGACUAUGCAAUAGCUAGAUUUAAAUUUCUCUCCAAAUUACUUUUUGUUCAUGGUCAUUUUUAUUAUAUUAGAAUAGCAACCCUUGUACAGUAUUUUUUUUAUAAGAAUGUGUGUUUUAUCACACCCCAGUUUUUAUAUCAGUUCUACUGUUUGUUUUCUCAACAAACACUGUAUGACAGCGUGUAUUUAACUUUAUACAAUAUUUGUUUUACUUCCCUACCUAUUCUGAUUUAUAGUCUUUUGGAACAGCAUAUAGACCCUCAUAUAUUACAGAACAAACCUACCCUCUAUAGAGACAUUAGUAAAAAUCGUCUCUUAAGCAUUCAAACAUUUCUUUAUUGGACCAUCCUGGGUUUCAGUCAUGCCUUUAUUUUCUUUUAUGGAUCCUAUUUUCUAAUGGGAGAAGACACAUCUCUGCUUGGAAAUGGCCAGAUGUUUGGAAACUGGACAUUUGGCACUUUGGUCUUCACAGUCAUGGUUAUUACAGUGACAGUAAAGAUGGCUUUGGAAACUCAUUUUUGGACAUGGAUCAAUCAUCUUGUUACCUGGGGAUCUAUUAUAUUUUAUUUUGUAUUUUCUUUGUUUUAUGGAGGGAUUUUCUGGCCAUUUUUGGGCUCCCAGAAUAUGUACUUUGUAUUUAUUCAGCUCCUGUCAAGUGGCUCUGCUUGGUUUGCCAUAAUUCUUAUGGUUGUCACAUGUCUCUUUCUUGAUGUCGUAAAGAAGGUAUUUGACCGACAGCUCCAUCCUACAAGUACUGAAAAGGCACAGCUUACUGAAACAAAUUCAAGUAUCAAGUGCGUGGACUCCCUGUGCUGUUUCCCAGAAGGAGAGGCAACGUGCACAUCUGUUAGAAGAAUGCUGGAACGAGUUAUAGGAAGAUGUAGUCCCGCCCACCUCAGCAGAUCAUGGAGUGCCUCGGAUCCUUUCUAUACCAACGACAGGAGCAUCUUGACUCUCUCCACUAUGGACUCGUCUACCUGUUAAAGGGGCAGUAGCACUCUGUGGGAGCCAUUUCACCUGCUAGGCUAAAAUUCAGUAUUGGCCAUCCUGUGAAUGGCCACACUUGCUCUGAAAUCUCUUGCUGAAACUUCAAGUAGUUCAUCCCCACACAGAGUUAAAGUGGCAAACAAACAAAGCAUUAACGUGAAUCCCUCGUAUUCCACCUUGACCUUCAACGUGUCACAGUGUGUGAAUAAAGAGACAGUUCCUGUCUCUUUGUCUGGAUUUGUCCCUUGCACUUAAGGGACUCCUAAUGGCAUUUCAGCCUGUUGCUGAGGCCACUUUAUUUUAAUAUCAAGAAAGUGGGAAAAAAAGAUAACUUAUGUGUAUUUUUUAGUGUUAGCUUGGUUAUUGACUAUUUAAAUCUGCUUCUGUAAAUUAUUCUGAAAGUUUGUCUCAAGAACUCUAUUUUUUUAUUAGAGUUAUAUUUGAAGCUUUUCAUGAGAAAAAUGAACAUGAAUGGUAAGGAGUUUUGGUCCCUCCCUGGCCUGUAUUGUUCAUUCAGUAGCCUUUGUAAGUUCGCAGAUGAAAAUAGAAGAACGCUUUUCCAACCAUUAUUUACUACAGUCUGGGCAGUCUCCCCAGGUACUGUAACACAGCCCGGAAAGCUAACACCAUAUAAAUGCAAGGGAUAUAGACUCUCUUAUAUAGAAAUCAGGAAUCAGGUCCAGUCACCAGAUUUCAAAUUGAUGUUUACUAUUUUUGUGACAGAAUAUGAAGAACCCAUAGUAGGUAAAUUGGAAACCCUUAGCAUAUUAUUAAUUUAAUGUGUUAUCAUUGAAUCUUUUGCAUGCUCUAAGUAUCUAAAUUUGUUUUAUUUUCUUUAUCUGAAGUUUCUGUUCUUUCAUGAUAAUGUAAAGUUCAACCCUAUCAAUAAAAAUAGUUUGGACAGUAUUUGAAUAUCUCAAAUAUUUUUGAUUAUACAAACUAAAAUAUGGACAAUCAAAUCAAUAAAAAGAGAAAAAGUCUAUUGUGGCCAGUCUAGAAUUGCUCUUGCCUUUUUGUAAGCUGAAUUUUAGAAUAAAGGAUUUCAGAUAAUAAUCUUCCUUAUUUGGGGUUAGAGUAUAUGUUUUAUAAGUUACAGCAGAAAAUUACUAGAAUUCUGCAUAGUAUCCCAUUAUAAGUUUCAUUGUCAGAAAAUUUUGUCAGAUAAUGAAAGCAAUAAGUUGUUAAGAAUGAUUAACCAGGUACAUAUUGCUUUACUUAAUUAUACUUCAAAACUCAAAUUUCUCCCCAAAGUUAUAAAUAUUGUCAUUUAUUUUGUUAAGAAGAAAUAUUUUAGGAUUUAGAAAUGAUUAUUAUUUAAGAACUACUACCCAUAUCUGAGCAUAGAAUGAUUAUAUAAACAUUAUUUGAAAUUGUUGAAAAAUAAAACUGUAAUAAUUGCUUUUGGAAGACUCCUGGUGCGUCUCCCUGCCCUCCCUCUGCAUGGGCGGGGACUUGUACCAAUAGAAUGAUAGGAAGAGGAGGGCAGACGGCACAGAAACUGCUGGUAAGCUGCCUUCUUAGCCAUACACAAUUUGCCUGUCUCAGUAAUGCAAGGAUAUUAAGUUAUUAAUUUGUGGCUAAAUAGUAAUUUUCAUAAUAGUCCUUUAACUUUGCUACUCCAGAUCUAUAGCUGGGGAAAAUGAGUUACCCUGGAGAUACGUCCAGGGAUACUCUAUCUUUACAAGACAAGGGAGACAGUCACCAAUUCGUGUUCCAAAGAGGAAACCUGCAACAGAGUAGUUUUGUGAAAGGGAACCUGGAAUUUUCUUUCUCUUAGUCUUAUAAAACAUACAUAUAACAAAGUGACAUUUGGCGGCCUGCAUCAUGUCUACCUUACACCGUUUGUUUGCCACCAGAUGAACUGACCUCCCCCCCCAGAGAAGGGUUACAAAUCAUCGAGUAACCUGUGGCCAGUAGUGGCAAGGCGGAAGUUGGGGCACCUGUGCGGUGCUUGAGGCGUGAUUAAUGUCAUUUUUUUAAUUCACAUUUAAAAUUAGUUAAGGAAACUAUUUUUUAAAAUAUGGUAAAUGGUGUCCUGAUGUGCUUAUCUUUGUUCAAAGCCUACACCAUAUUUAAAGAAUAUCUUGUAAUUUUAAGGAUCUUCUGUGUAAAAAAGUAAUACAAUCCACAAGUUUUCGGUUUUCUAGGGUUAAUAUUUGUGUUGUAAAACUAUUGUCAGUAAUCUCAGAAAAGUUUCCUCUCUGCAUAUUUCUUUCACAUUCCUUCGAAAGUAUAAUGUCGAUUACUCUUAUCUCCCAGAACCAGGGUAGCACUGCGAAGUGUGUUAACUGCAAGUUAGUUAAUGCUGUCAAAUCUGUUGCCUCUCUUGCUUGCCCUUGCCUCGGCUGUAGGCCUGAAGAUAGUGGCAUGCGCCUGGUCAGGUUUCCAAAUUGCUCAGGAGCCACCUGCAGUGACUCAGCUUUGGCAGGCGUGGCUCACCCUGGGUGGAGCAACCACAGCUACCAGGGCUUGUGCCGUGUCAAGAGGAGAGGGAGACGCGGGGCUUGGCUAUCUAGCUAACCACCAGGCUCCUUGGGUCUGAAACUGCGAGAUGCCCAAAGGCUCCCAGGUCUGACCCGGUGCCCACGCUGUCCUGAGCAGGAGAUGAAGUGUGGGGCAAAUCAUCCUGCUAGGAACUACUUGCACUUAACCCUAUUAUUAAUAUCAAAACUGGCUUCUUUUCUGCUGCAGAGGAUUAUGAAAUUAAACUUGUCUGAUGAGCUUGAAAUUGCUGAUAGAGAGUCAAGGCCACUAAAAAAAAAAUUUCCAGUAAGAACCAAACAUGUUUAAAAUGUGGUACUCUGAGAAUCUCCUGGGAGCUGAGGGGGUAAGGAGAGGAGCAAAAAUCUUCUAUGUUUGUGUUUUUCCUAUAAAGAUCAAUUUAGAGCAUCAUAUAAGCAGGUAUUGAUAAAAUUAACACACCAAAGAAUUCCGUGGAAAGUGUGUUUUGUUCGUUCUGGACCCCCAUAAAGACAUUUUUAUUUCUAUCUUAAAGUGAGUUGCCUAUUUUCAUAAAAUUAAAAACACUGUUAAAGUGCUGUUUUAUGUAAAAUAACUUGAGCGGUAUUUCUACAAAAAAAAUAGGUUAUAAUGAAUGAUACAUUUGUGAUAAUGGUAAUUAUUAGAUUUUUUAUGAGGAACAAAUAACUGGAAAUACUGUAGCAAUAUUUGGUUUGAAAUGUUAGACCUGAGACACUGUGGCCAUCUGGUGUAAUCCUCCAGAACUUCUCGGCAUUGUCAGUAAAUGCAGUAUACUUAUUGUACAGCUCUUGGUAAUUUUUUAAGGUUUAUGAAAUUAUAUUUAUCAAAUAAAACUUUUCCUAUAAAAUAAAAA